GGAAGGUCAAUGCUAUCACUCACCUAGACUCAAAGCUGCUUGCUCCUCAAACAGUGCUUCUUCACCAUGAGUGGGUGUCCAUUUUUGGGAGAAAACUUUGGAUAUGCUUUUAAAAAUCUCUCAGUCAAAGACAGUGAAGAAGACAAAUCACAAACAGGUGUGAAUAGAGCCAGCAAAGGAGGACUCAUCUAUGGAAAUUACCUGCAGUUGGAAAAGGUUUUGAAUGCACAAGAACUUCAAAGUGAAAUAAAAGGAAAUAAAAUCCAUGAUGAACAUCUUUUUAUCAUAACUCAUCAAGCUUAUGAACUCUGGUUUAAGCAAAUCCUCUGGGAAUUAGAUUCUGUUCGAGAGAUCUUUCAGAAUGGUCAUGUCAGGGAUGAAAGGAACAUGCUCAAGGUCGUGACUCGGAUGCACCGCGUGGUGGUGAUCCUUAAGCUCCUGGUGCAGCAGUUUUCUGUGCUGGAAACCAUGACAGCGUUGGACUUCAAUGACUUCAGAGAGUACUUAUCUCCAGCAUCAGGCUUCCAGAGUUUACAAUUCCGACUGUUAGAAAACAAGAUAGGUGUUCUUCAGAGCUUGAGAGUGCCUUAUAAUAGAAGGCACUAUCGUGAUAACUUCAAGGGAGAAGAUAAUGAACUGCUACUUAAAUCCGAGCAGGAAAAAACACUUCUACAACUGGUGGAGGCAUGGCUAGAAAGAACACCUGGUUUAGAGCCACAUGGAUUUAACUUCUGGGGAAAGUUUGAAAAAAAUAUCAUCAAAGGCCUGGAAGAAGAAUUCAUAAGGGUUCAGGCUAAGGAAGAGUCUGAAGACAAAGAGGAACAGAUGGCAGAAUUUCAGAAACAGAAAGAGGUGUUACUGUCCUUAUUUGAUGAGAAACGCCACGAACACCUGCUUAGUAAAGGUGAGAGACGUCUGUCAUACAGAGCACUCCAAGGAGCACUGAUGAUUUACUUUUACAGGGAAGAGCCUCGAUUCCAGGUCCCUUUCCAGUUGCUGACUUCCCUUAUGGACAUAGACACACUCAUGACUAAAUGGAGAUAUAACCAUGUAUGCAUGGUGCACAGGAUGCUAGGCAGCAAGGCUGGCACCGGGGGCUCCUCAGGCUACCAGUACCUGCGCUCGACUGUGAGUGACAGGUACAAGGUGUUUGUGGAUUUAUUUAACCUUUCAACAUACCUGGUUCCUCGACAUUGGAUACCAAAGAUGAACCCGAUGAUUCAUAAAUUCCUUUACACAGCUGAGUACUGUGACAGCUCCUACUUUAGCAGUGAUGAAUCAGAUUAAUUCAUCUGAAAAUUCUGUGAGAAGUACUGAUCUCUCACUCUAAAUUCUAUUUUUAAAAUUUGCAUUGAAUACAUGAAAAGUCUUAAUGUGAUAUAUUUAUGUACUUAGUUCAGUACCAUGAUGUUCUGAUUCAAUUCUGGAAACAAUGCUGUUACCUCAUGUUUGUGAUAUAAGAUUAAGCAUUAAGAUGAGAAAUAAUUCAGUUAUUGAAUGUUGUACAAAUAGUGUUUCCCUAUAAAAAUUCAGUUU